AUGUUCAGCAAUUCAAAUACUCAACAACAUUUAAACAGUGAUUAUCGAACAACACCUGAUCAUCAUCAAUUAAAUGAUGAUGAUGAAUCAAAUCCAACAGAACAAAAUCCUAGUUUAUCACAUUUUAUUUCAUCAUCUAAUAGGUUUGAUGAUGAUGAAGAAGAUGAACCACUUUUAUUACGACAACGUAAUAGUCAAAAACAAAUAUCAGUAAAUAAAAUUGAAAAUCAUACACAUAGUUCAGAUGAAUCUGAACAACAACAACAACAACAACAAGAAAGAUUAAGUGAUACAGAUGAAGAUGACGAACCAAGUGAAGAAGAAGAUGAUGAUGAUAAUGAUGAUGAUGAAGGUGAAGUAGAAGAUGAAGAAGAAGAAGAAGAAGAAGACGAUGAUGAUGAUGAAGAUGAUGAUGACGAUGAUUUUGAUGAUAAAAGAAAGACACGAACAAAAUCAAAACGAGGCUUUGGACAAGCAAAAUCUAAAUCGAAAAAACAAGUAAAACGUUCGAAAAGUGCUACAAAUAAUUCAUCAUCAACAUCUACUCGUAAACGACAACGUACAUCAUCAUCAACAAGUUAUGCAUCAGUAACAAAAAAAGCUCGUCGUCAACAAUCGAAUACAAAUAGUAUAUCAUCAUCAAUAAAUAAACGAAAAAUUCGUCGUACAGCUGCAUCAAAUCCAAUAAAUUAUCAUGAAGAAUCUGAUGAUGAUGAUAUAAAUGAUCAAACACGACGUAAAAUAAAAAAACAACAACGUCAUUUAUCAUCAAAUUCUGAUAGUGAUAUUGAUCAAAAUAUACAUACAAAUAAUAAAGAUGAUGAUGAAUCAAAUUCAAAUGAAUAUCAACAACAAGUAAAAAUGAAUUUAAUAACUGAUCUUGAAUCAAAUACAGCUAAACGUCAAACAAAAUUUCGUUCAUCAGAUAAUUUAUCAUCAUCUGGUGAAGGUAUAACAUUAUUAAAUGACGAACCAUCAUCAGAAAUAAUUGAAAAAGUUUUAAAAGUACGUUUUGGUCGAAAAGAUGCAACUGGACCAUCAACAACUAUAUAUAAUAUAGAUGAAUGUGGUGAUCCAAAUGAUAAUUAUAAUGGUGAUGAUGAAACACAACCUGAUGGUGAACUACAAUUUUUAAUUAAAUGGAAAAAUUGGUCACAUUUACAUAAUACAUGGGAAAGUCAUACAAGUUUACAACAAGCACAUGUUAAAAGUUCACGUAUAUUAGAAAAUUUUCUUAAACAACAUGAACAAACACGUUUAUGGCGUCGUGAAAAUCGUAAUAUGGAUGAAAUUGAAUUAUUUGAAUGUCAACAAGAAUUAAAUGAUACAGCAUUAGCUGGCUAUCAACAUGUUGAACGUAUAAUAGCACAUGAAAAAAAUCGUGAACAAGAUAAUGUAUAUGAUUAUUUAUGUAAAUGGGAUGGUCUUCAAUAUAGUGACUGUACAUGGGAAGAUGGAAAUUUAAUUGGAAAAAGAUUUCAAACAAGAAUUGAUGAAUAUAAUGCACGAUUAAAACAACAAACUGAAGAUUUACAAUUACAACAACAACAACAACAAAGUAGUAGUACAAGAAAAAAAACGAAUAUUAUACGACCAAGAUUUGUACCAAUAACAGUACAACCAUUAUAUUUAGCUCCUGAUGAACCAGAAUUUAAAUUACGAGAUUAUCAAUUAGAAGGUUUAAAUUGGUUAGCUCAUUCAUGGUGUAAACAAAAUUCAGUUAUAUUAGCUGAUGAAAUGGGACUUGGUAAAACAAUUCAAACCAUAUCAUUUCUUUCUUAUAUAUUCGAAGAACAUAAUGUUCAUGGUCCAUUUUUAAUUGUUGUUCCUUUAUCAACAAUACAAGGUUGGCAACAAGAAUUUCACCGUUGGGCACCACAUACGAAUACAAUUGUAUAUAUUGGUGAUAUGAUAUCACGUGAAAAAAUUCGUCAUUUUGAAAUGUAUGCAUCUGGAAAUAAAAAACAAUUAAAAUUUCAUGCAUUAUUAACAACAUAUGAUUUUUUAUUAAAAGAUAGUAAAUAUUUAUCAUCAAUUAAUUGGAGUGCUAUACUUGUUGAUGAAGCACAUCGUUUAAAAAAUGAUGAUUCAAUGCUUUAUCGUACAUUAAUACAAUUUGAAUCUCAACAUCGUAUAUUAAUAACAGGUACACCAUUACAAAAUUCUUUAAAAGAAUUAUGGUCAUUAUUACAUUUUAUAAUGCCAAAUUAUUUUGAUGAUUGGAAUAAUUUUGAUUCAAAAUAUUCAUCAUUAUUAACAACAAAUGAUACAAGUUUAGUUAAACGUUCAAGUGAAUUACAUAAAGAAUUAGAACCAUUUUUAUUAAGACGUAUUAAACGUGAUGUUGAAAAAUCACUACCAGCCAAAGUUGAACAAAUUUUACGUGUUGAAAUGACACGUUUACAAAAACAAUAUUAUAAAUGGAUAUUAACAAGAAAUUAUCGUGCUUUAACAAAUGAACGUGGUGGAAAUUUACCAUCAUUUAUUAAUAUUAUGAUGGAAUUAAAAAAAUGUGCUAAUCAUGCAUUUUUUGUUAAACGUGAUGAUGAAAAUAGUACAACACUUGAUGAAAUUAUAAAAGGUAGUGGAAAAUUAUUAUUAUUAGAUAAACUUUUAUUAAAAUUACGUGCAAGCAAUCAUAGAGUUUUAAUUUUUUCACAAAUGGUUAAAAUGCUUAAUAUUUUAGCUGAAUAUUGUAAAUUAAGACGAUUUCCAUUCCAGAGACUUGAUGGUUCAAUGAAAGGUGAAAUACGUCGUCAAGCAUUAAAUAGUUUUAAUCGUGAAUUUUCUGAAGAUUUUAUUUUUCUUCUUUCAACACGUGCCGGUGGUUUAGGUAUUAAUUUAGCUACAGCUGAUACUGUUAUAAUAUAUGAUAGUGAUUGGAAUCCUCAAAAUGAUUUACAAGCUCAAGCUCGUGCACAUCGUAUAGGUCAAACAAAACAAGUAAAUAUAUAUCGUCUUGUUGCUAAACAAUCUGUUGAAGAAACAAUAAUUGAACGUGCAAAACAAAAAAUGGUUUUAGAUCAUUUAGUUAUACAACGUAUGGAUACAACAGGUCGUAAUGCAUUUCAAAAUUUUAAUAAUACAUCAACAACUGAUAAUCGUUCAUUAACAAGAGAAGAAUUAAAUACAAUAAUUAAAUUUGGUGCUGAAGAUUUAUUUAAAGAAACAUCAACAAAUGAUGAAGGUACAGUUGAAGAAGAAUCACAAAAAAUUGAUAUUGAUGAAAUUCUUCGUCGUGCUGAAACACGACAAGAUGAUGAUACAUCAAUACGUAAUAGUAGUGAAGAUUUAUUAUCACAAUUUAAAAUAGCUAAUAUACAAACAAUGGAAGAUGAUAUUAUUGAACCAACAACAAUAGUACAAAAAACAAAAAGUUGGAAAGAUAUUAUACCUGAAACUGAACGACAAAAAUUUGAAGAUGAAUGUUUAGCAGAAUUAACAGCUGUUUUACCACCACGUAGUCGAAAACCAGUUAAAUUAUUUAAUUCAAAAUCUGAUUUAGAUAAUAAUAAUAAUACAAAUCAACUUUCACAUAUAGAUAAUAUUUUAAAUGAAUUUACAACAAAUGAAAUACGACGUUUUGUUAAAAGUUUUAAAAAAUUUUCUAAUCCAUUACAUCGUCUUGAUUUAAUUAUAAUGGAUGCUGAAUUAGAAGAUAAAUCACAACAAGAUAUUGAACAAUUAGCACAACAUAUAUAUAAUGAAUGUUUAUUAGCUAUUGAACAACAUACAAAUGAAACAAGUCCAAUACAAAAUUCUCAAACAUCAUCAUCACCUAAAGAUGACUCAACAACAAAUCAACGUGAUAAAAUCCCAACAAUACGUUUACAUAAUGUUACAAUAAAUGCACUACAAUUAAUUAAUUCAACACGUGAUUUAGAACCAUUAAAAAAACUUUUUCAUUCACAUAAUGAACAACGUAAAACAUUUACAUUUCCAUCAUUAAUUAAAAUAAAACCAGUUCAUUGGUCAUGUUCAUGGUCAUUAGAAGAUGAUAAAGCAUUAUUACGUGGUAUAUAUGAAUAUGGUUAUUCAAAUUGGGAACAAAUUAAAAUGGAACCAGAAUUAGGUCUUUCAUCAAAAAUUCUUUUAGAUGAUAAACAAUUAAAACCACAAGCAAAUCAUUUACAAACACGUGCUGAUUAUCUUUUACGUUUAUUAAAACAAUAUUAUGAUAAUCAAUUAAAUAAAACAAAAGAUAUAACAAAGAAGAAAACUUCUAUUAUGCAAACAUCAAUAAAAAAAACAAAACUGACAACUGAUGAUAAUAUAAAUGGAUCACAUUCAACAAAACGACAACGACGUGCUAAUGGACCAACGAUUAGUAAUCAUGAAAAACAACCAAAAUCAAAAGAAAUGAUUGAAAAUUCCAGUGGAGAUGAAGAUAUAACAACGAAUAAAUAUAGUAAAAAGAAAUCUAUAGAACAUCGUAGUAAUCCAAAUGUGGAAGACAAAGUAACGAAACCUCCGAAGAAAGAAGAAGAAAAUUCAUCUAAUGAUAUGUUUAAACAGUGUAAAGAAUUACUUCGACCAGUAAAAAAAUGGCUUAGUAGACUUGAUGCACCUGAAGAUGCAUUUGAUUCUCAUGAUGAUUAUUCAAAAGAAUUUGAAAAAUGUUUAUUAACAAUUGGUGAUCAAAUUGAAACUGUUCUUAAAACUAAAACAAAUGAUGAUUGUCAAACAUAUCGUCAUCAUUUAUGGACAUUUGUUUCAAAAUUUACAACAAAAUUAACUGAUAGUCAAUUAAGAAAAUAUUAUCGAAUAUUUACAAAAAAACGUGAUGAAGAAAGUUUAACAUCAAAUCAAACACAAAAAUCAUCUUAUCAUCAUCAACAACAACAACAACAAUAUAAUCAAUAUUCACAAUCAAAUACGAAAAAUCGUCAAGCAGAACAAGAUGAAACAUAUAGAAAAGCUGGUUGGGGUUCAUCACCACAAUCAAAUAAUAAUCGUAAUACAAAAGAUUCUCGUCUUAAACAUUCAUUAACAAUGCCAUUAUCAAAAUCUACAAGAUCUGAACAAUUAAAUAAUACAAUUGGUUCAACAAAUACAGGUACAACAUCAGAUUAUGAUACACAUCAUUAUCAUCAUCAUCAUCAAUUUGAUCGUAAUCGACAUUAUACAAGUGGAAAUAAUAAUAAUCGAAGACCUUAUCAUGAAUCAGCCGGUGAUUUAUCAUCUGAUUAUCGUAGUAAUUAUCAUCGAGAUCGAGAUCGAGAUCGAGAUCGGGACAAUAAUUCUUCUCGUGGACCUCGUCGUUAUGAUUCAAUGCCAUCACGUUAUGAUCAAUCAUCCUAUAAUAAUCGUUCAUCAUAUCAAAGUAAUUUUUCUCAACCACCACCACCCUAUGAUGAAUCUCGAUCAUCAUCAUCAUCAAAUCGUUCCGGUGGUAAUAACAAUAUGAAUAAUAAUCGUUCAUCACAAAAUCCUCCACCACCACUGCCACCACCACCAUCACUUCUUCCUCCACCACCACCACCUCCACCACCAUUAUCAACACCUGAAUUAUUUCAAUCAAUUUAUUUACAGUACUAUGAUAUGUAUAUGCAACAAGCUACUGGGCUUUCUUCUUCAUCUCAAUCAUCUACGACUAAUUCCAUUUCUCCGAACAGCUAUGCUGAUAUGGCUGCAAAUUAUGCUCGUCAACAUAUGCAGUCAUCAACAUCUCAAUCAUCAAAACAAUGA